AUGGAAGACUAUUUAGAAGAAGAAGCAAGUCAAUAUGAGUCCAGUCUCAACGGAUUCGAACAAGACGAACCAAGCACACUUGGUCCGAUGAAGAGGUUAGUCAUGCGGAAACGUGGUCACAAGAAGACUACUCUAAUUCAGACUAUGGAUAUGAACGUGGUGAAGGACAAUGAAGAGGAGUCAUGUUGUGAGGAGACGGAUUCUCAGCUUAGUCAAGAAAAAGAAGACCUCCAUCAUAAGAAAGAAGAGAGACCAUGGUGUGAGAUACCUUACUCCGACCAUGAGGAAAAUUACCGAGGAAAAACUAAAUCUCAAUUCAGUUUAGAAGAAUAUGAAUCAAGUUUUGGUGAUAAUUCAGAACUUGACGAAGAGUUUGAUGAAAAGCACGAAGCCGUAAGUGAGGCGGGAAGAGAUGGUUUAGAAGGACAGCUUAUCAAAGAAGAUGAAGAAGGUGUUGUUGGGCUGUUGCAAUCGCAAGGAGAGUCUUUCCUAGUUGUAGUUGUUGUUCAAAUCACCUUUUUAAGGUUAAGAUUAAGUGCGACCGUGGAAUCAAGGCGAGGAGAGAAGAAUGAUCCAGGGACUCGAUUCAUUAUGGUGAAGAAUCAUCCUGUUGGUGGUGUGUCACGUUUGAAUCCUUCGAAAUAUGACUUGAAAAUUCAGGUGAAAGUGUUAUGCUUAUGGGAGGAGAAUUGUUUAAAACUUGGACCAAGUUUGAAGAUGGUGUUAGUUGGUAUUCAGGGUGAAAAGGUCCAUUGUUCCUUCUGUGGUAUUCUAUAUGAUAGAUUUAUUUCCAAGUAUGUUGUUGAUAUCAUUGGAGAGGUUAUACACGUAGGAAAGUUUGAUACUUGGGACCAUUUAGAGAACGACAAUGAACAGAAAAAUAACGUUCAAGCUGAGUCUAAAUCAAGCUCCGUUUAUAUUCGUCAUCUCUUUAAGUUUAUUUGCCGAGAUGAACUGUCUGACAAGAGAUGCACUUCAAACGACGAUAGUAUUCACAGUGAUGAUAUUGAUGACGAAGAAGAUGCAAUGGAUGAGGACUAUGAGCAAGCUGAAAAAGCAGAUGAUGAAGAAGAUGAAGGUUUUUAUGAGAUAAUGGAUACGAAAGACGACGAAUAUGAGAGUGAUGGAUACGGCGACAGUAGUAAUAGUGAAGAAGAAGAUCAUGAAAACGAUGAAACUGAAACUGAAACUGAAGGAAAUGAUGAUAGUGAUAGCGACGAAAAAAAUCUUGGUUAUGAUGAUACACAAGAAGAAACAGAUGAUGAGGAGGAAUAUAAUGCAAGUGAAUCUAAUGAAUAUGAUGACCAAGAAGAAGAGGAUAUUGGAUGUGAGUUGACUGGAUCAUCGGCCGUUAACUUCUUUAAGGCCUACAAAGCUUUACAAAACCAAUGUCUGAUUGGUGUGAUUCGAUGGGGAGUGGUAGACGUUUUCCAAGGAAUCCAAGGAGGUCUACCCGCAUAA